AUGACUCGUAAGCGCACUCGGUCCUGUCCAACCCAUCCCGCAGUCCACCGCAGUCACCACUCACACACCCUCUUCUCACCGGCAGGCUCCAAGUUCAAGGAUGAACACGUCUUUGGUCAGCCACCCCGCUCUGUUGGUCCAUCGUCGUCAUCGCCGCCGUCGUCAGCUGGCCCCUGCCCCUCGGGGAGCUGCUGACUUGGGGGGCGUACGCAGCCACCACUCACGACUGACACCACCACCACCACUCACCCACCCUGCCCACAGAGAAACGCAAGGCCGAGGCUGAGCGGAUCCGCCAAAAGUACCCCGACCGAAUCCCUGUACGUGCAUUCACCCCACCGCGCACCCCGAUCUGACUCGACACCACCACCGCGUCGCCCCACAACAACCCGCGCGCGCGCACGCCCGCCACACGAACGACCGACCGACGCAGCGCGGCGUUUCCGCGGACUGACCUCGUUCAUCGGUUCGUCAUCCAUCCCAGGUCAUUUGUGAAAAGGCAGACAAGACCGACAUCCCCGCGAUCGACAAGAAGAAGUACCUCGUGCCCGCCGAUCUCACCGUCGGUCAAGUCAGUCUAGUCCCCACCCUCGGCAUCAGCGAAAACGCACCCCCACUGAACACCCGUACUCUCACCAACAGUUCGUCUACGUGAUCCGUAAACGCAUCAAGUUGCAACCGGAAAAGGCCAUCUUUAUCUUUGUCGACGAGAUCCUCCCGCCGACCGCCGCACUCAUGAGUUCCAUCUACGAGGAGCACAAGUAAGUGCACAACGUUCUCGUCCCUGUUUGGAGAAAUUCGUGCACGAGUCUCGACGGUCUAGGAGAAACCACCGCUUCUCCUCGGUCCAAGAGCGAACAAUGUGCUCCCAAAGCCAGGCUUGCUGACGUACUGUUCGCCACCUUUCUUCUCAGGGACGAGGACGGGUUCCUCUACGUGACGUGAAUACCAUCAGAUGCCCUCGAGCAGUACCAAGUGUUAGCCAUACUGACAUUUAUGACCUCACUUGCUCCACUCUACAGGUACAGCGGAGAGAACACGUUCGGAGCGACACAUUCCACAUGA